GUGAUUGACAGUCGAGCGUUCGUUUAGCUUUAGUUUCUUAGCAACAGGCAUGGAUUUUGGCGCUGUGGAGGUAAUGCGCAUGCGCAAACCCUGAACGGGAACGCAGUGUGGAGACGAAGAGGAGAUCCGGAUGUUUCUACAGAGAAAGAUAGUAGAAUUGCGUCUCUCCACUACACUGAUGUCACUGCUGGGAAGUGCAGCGAUAAACCAGGACCGCCAUAUUGGGCUCCAGCAACUGGAGGCCGUGGCAGCUGCAACUCAUAUGUUUUUAGGCCCCAGUAAGCGCUACAAAAUGGUCGAAGACGAGGCGAGUGGAGAGGCAGUGCUGGUAUGCUCCUGUUAUCGUCUGCUGGAGCAGCUGGAGCUCAGUGGCUCUGUGGCUCAGCUUCUGCGUGAGACCACUCAUGCUCAUUGGGGGGCGCUGCGUUCGGGUACGGCCUCGCUGCUUUUCCUGGCUGGUGUUUGGAGCAGGGUGGCACUGGAAUGUCUCCACCAAGGAAUUUCCAUCCGGCACAUCAUGUCCAGCAUGUCAAAGGGGUUGGAAGUGUGUCUAGAGGCCUGUAAGCUGAGUGCUGUGAAUGUGGAGUCAGUUUUUUGUAAGGCUGAUUUACAGAAACAGCGACUGAGGGGGAAAUCACAGUGUGGCGGAGACUGUAUGAAUGCUGUGGAUGGCUUACUUUGGGAGCUUUCACUGAAUACAGGAGUGAGGGAAUUAGCUCAGGACAGUGCUAAAACCAUAACUAGUGUGCCUAGACUUUGUUUCCUGAAAGACCAAAGUCCUUUAAAGCACAAUUUAAAACUCAAACACAGCAGGCACUUUAAUUCUAACCAUAUCACAGACGAUGGGAAGAUACACACAAGGUUUGACAUCGCUCAUCUGGCUGAAGCCGUCCAUCACGGAUGUGAGACGACCAUGGGUUUAGUGAUCGAAGCCAGUAGGAUUCAGUGUAGAUAUAGCCGUGAAAAUCAGUGCAGCAAAGCACUGGACAUUGAUAAACUGGCUACAUGCCUGUUGCCAGGAUUAUCUGAGGAGCACUCGAGUGUUCUCCACGGGUACGUCGUGUUGUUGUCUGCAGAACAGACAUUGCUAGUCAAGCGUUUACAAGAACGGACAUUAAAUAUCAGCCUAGUUCAUGGUGACCUGAGUGAGAAACACCGUCACGUAGGUUUCAAUAAACCUAAAAAUGUCACGUACAUUAGUGAUUGCUCUGAUUUAACAGGAAUCAGCCGGGAGGACGAAUGGAUGGACGAGGCACUGGGAAUACUUCUAAACCUCAAGGUAGACAUUGUUCUUGUGAGUGGAGGUGUCACUGAGCAGCUGAAAGAUCACUGUUUCCAUCACCACAUCCUCAUUAUCGAGCAUGUACGAGUGUCCAUUUUGAAUGAUUUUGCUACAGCUACGGGUUCUCUUCCAGUCUCGUACAUCACACAGCUCAGCAAGCGAUGCAUUGGUUCCGGAGUGUGUGUGAGCACACUCCGAGAGUAUCGCACUGAAGGAACAGAAUGGACUGUGGCGAGUGUCGCUACUGAUGACACAGCUUUGGUCACAGCACUCAUCGCGAGCUGCGUUCAUGCUAAGCUCCAGAGCAUGGAGGAUCAGUUUUGGAGCUGUGCUUAUCGUGUACACCAUGCACUUAAAGACGGAAAACUGCUGCCUGGAGCUGGAACAACAGAACUGAUCUGUAUCCAUCAGCUCCAAAAUCACAGGGAUGUAUCGCAACAAGAGGAGAGAGGAAACGAGCCUGAUGCAGCCAGACCAGCAGCGCUGUAUGAGCAGGUAGUUCUGCGGCUGAUGGCAGAAGGCUGGAUGGAUUACGUGUCCACACUGAUGAUGAACUCUGGCCAUGUCAAGUCCAAAACACAGGCAUGGACAUGUAUAGCUCAGCAUUUAAAGCAGUGGGAGAACAGCGUGCCUUGGAAUAACGAGAUUCCAGAAACCCUUCUGAAAAUGGAGAACUACUCAGAGAUGAUGCAGAGAGGGGGGAAAAGUGAGGAGGAGGGGAUGCUGGAGAGCGAAAGAGUAAAAAUAGGAGUGUAUGAUAAUAUGACGGUGAAGUUCGAGGUGUGGAGGAGAGCUCUGGAUCUGGUGUUUUUGAUUCUUCAGACAGACACUGAAAUAGUUACAGGAAUAAAUAACAGAGAAGGACAAUACAGAGAUUUUGUAAUUCUUUAAUAUAGUAAGAAAAAGUGUCCUUUCUUCUGUUAAGCUCAGUUACACCUCUCAUUGCUUUAAUAACAUCACCGAUCCUGUCAGGUAAAGACGCCACCAGUGGCUUUUCAUGGCAGACUGUCCACUUCACUCGCCCACUGCAUUUCAGUUCAUGGCUGUCUCUUUUGGUUUUUCGUAUUCUGCUCCAAGGUCAAUGUGUCUCAGAGUUCCAUCAAGCUUGUUGAACAAGUCAGGCACAGAUUUUGGCCAUAUGUACCCUAUAGUUGUUAACAUUGGAGUGUAAGUGUUGUGUUCUGCUUGGACAUGAAGCACCAAGCACGGCCGACAACUGUCUGGUUUUAUGACAUUUGUCCAGAUGUUCAGCCUAUUGACAACGUACAAUUCCUGUAUAGCACUGCUGUUGAUGGAUGUCAUCAUUUUUGUUUGUUUGAGACCUUUUUUUUUCUUUUUUUUCCCUUCACAGAGAACUCUAAAUAAAGUUUUCUUCUUGUA